CCUCCCUCCCGGGUGUAUGGAGACAGGCAGCGCUCAGUACAAGCCCAUUCCAUGCACAGAGAACUCUGGAGACACCUGCCCACACACGCAGACCUGCGCUGGGCACAGAAUACAGCAUCUUCGAUGCAAGUGUGACCCUCAGGCAAUGCUUCCACACCAGGAAAUCAAAGUGCUGUAUGUUAAAUAAACUUCGCGCUGCCCUGUGCUGUAGCCCCCUGUGUUGUUGGUGAGCGAGCAUUUAAGAUGUCACUGAGCAGUGAAAGAAGAGUAAAUACCUCGGCGCUGAAGAAAAUUGCGGCAGACAUGAGCAAUUUAAUAGAGAACCUGGACACCAGGGAGCUCCACUUUGAGGGGGAAGAGGUGGAUGCUGACGUGUUAAAUGAUCCGAAAACAACUGUGGGCAUCCCAUUCUCUGCAAUUUAUAACACUCAAGGGUUCAAAGAGCCUCAUAUACAGACAUAUCUAACUGGAUGUCCGAUUAAAGUCCGAGUUCUGGAAGUAGAACGCUUUACCUCAACAAAAAAGGUACCAAGUCCAAAUGUUUACACUAUUGAGUUCACACAUGGGGAAUUUACAUGGCAAGUGAAAAGGAAAUUCAAGAACUUUCAAGAAUUCCACAGGGAACUGCUGAGAUACAAAGCCUUCAUACGAAUUCCUAUCCCUACAAGGAGUCACACAGUUAGAAGACAAACUGUCAAAAGGGGAGAAGCGAGGCAGAUGCCAAGUCUGCCACGCACGUCUGAGAACAUGGUCCGAGAAGAACAUUUUUCUAGUAGAAGAAAACAACUGGAAGACUACUUGACAAAGAUCUUAAAAAUGCCCAUGUACAGGAACUACCAUGGAACGAUGGAAUUCAUUGGUGUAAGUCAGCUGUCAUUUAUCCAUGAUCUAGGACCAAAGGGCAUAGAAGGUAUGAUCAUGAAACGAUCUGGGGGCCACAGAAUACCUGGUCUGAACUGCUGUGGGCAAGGAAGGGUCUGCUAUCGAUGGUCCAAAAGGUGGUUAGUAGUGAAAGACUCUUUCCUAAUGUAUAUGAAGACGGAUAGCGGAGCCAUUUCCUUUGUCCUGCUGGUAGAUAAAGAAUUCAGCAUUAAGAUUGGCAAGAAAGAGACUGAAACAGAAUAUGGGUUACGGAUUGACAAUCUCUCCAGGUCAUUGAUUUUGAAGUGUAACAGCUACAGACAUGCCCGAUGGUGGGGACAGGGAAUAGAAGAGUUCAUUCAGAAAUAUGGCAAAAACUUCCUAACACAUCACAGAUUCGGGUCGUAUGCAGCUAUACAGGAGAAUACUUUGGCAAAGUGGUAUGUAAAUGCAAAAGGGUAUUUUGAAGAUGUAGCAAAUGCCAUGGAGGCAGCGAAAGAAGAAAUUUUCAUCACAGAUUGGUGGUUGAGCCCAGAAAUCUUUAUGAAGCGACCCGUGGUAGAAGGAAAUCGCUGGAGACUAGACUGCAUUCUCAAGCGGAAAGCGCAACAAGGAGUGAGAAUUUUUGUAAUGCUCUACAAAGAAGUGGAGCUUGCUCUAGGAAUCAACAGUGAAUACAGCAAGCGGACCCUAAUGCGUCUACAUCCGAAUAUCAAGGUGAUGAGGCAUCCAGAUCACGUGUCAUCCUCAGUGUACCUGUGGGCCCAUCAUGAGAAGCUCGUUGUCAUUGACCAGUCUGUAGCAUUCGUUGGUGGCAUUGACUUGGCCUACGGGAGGUGGGAUGAUGAUGAACACAGGCUGACCGAUGUUGGCAGUGUGAAACGAAUUCCAGGAACAAAGUCUACAUCUACAGUGAAUCUCACACCUACAGCCGAGUCCACUGAAGCUUUAGUCCUGAAAACUCAGUCCCUGGGGAACCUGCCACAGCACAGAAAUAGUGAUGACAUACUAGAUUCUUCAAGAAUGAAAGGAAUAGGAAAACCCAAAAAGUUUUCCAGGUUCAGCAUUUAUAAGCAUCUCCAGAAGCACGGCCUACACCACGCUGAUAGUGUAAGCAGUAUAGACAGUGAGUCAGGUUAUUGUAAUCCUAGUAGAAGCCAGCAGAAUUUAAUCCAGAGUUUAAAACCCCACCUGAAAAUGUUUCAUCAUCCCACUGGGUCCAAACAAGGGCUCACUGAGUGUGAGGACGAUAAAGGAUCAAUCCGCAGCUUGAAGACAGGUGUUGGAGAACUUCUUGGGGAGACCAGGUUCUGGCAUGGAAAGGACUAUUGCAAUUUCGUCUUUAAAGACUGGGUUCAACUCGACAAACCCUUUGCUGAUUUCAUUGACAGAUACACCACACCCAGAAUGCCAUGGCAUGAUAUUUCAUCCGUUGUGCAUGGCAAAGCUGCACGGGAUGUUGCUCGACACUUUAUUCAGCGUUGGAACUUCACAAAGAUCAUGAAGCCCAAAUACAGAUCCCUGUCCUACCCAUUCCUGUUGCCAAAAUCUCAGCGAACCGCCAGUGAGAUGAAGUAUCAAGUGCCCGAGUCUGUAUGUGCCAAUGUACAGGUGCUCCGUUCUGCUGCAGAUUGGUCAGCUGGUAUCAAGUACCAUGAAGAAUCCAUCCACAAUGCUUAUGUUAGCGUGAUAGAAAACAGUAAACACUACAUCUAUAUCGAAAACCAAUUUUUUAUUAGCUGUGCUGAUGACAAAGUCGUUUCUAACAAGAUUGGAGAUACCAUCGCUCGGAGGAUUCUUAAAGCACACAGGGACAGCAAACGAUACCGAGUGUAUGUGGUGAUCCCGCUGUUGCCUGGAUUUGAAGGAGAUAUUUCAACUGGAGGUGGGAAUGCACUGCAAGCCAUAAUGCACUUCAACUACAGGACCAUGUGCAGAGGAGAUAAUUCUAUCCUGGGACAGUUAAAAGCAGAGAUUGGAGAUCAGUGGAUAAAUUACAUAUCGUUCUGUGGGCUUCGAACAUACGCCGAGCUGGACGGAAAUCUCGUCACUGAACUCAUCUAUGUUCACAGCAAAUUGCUUAUAGCUGAUGACAACACUGUCAUCAUUGGCUCUGCUAACAUCAAUGAUCGCAGCAUGCUGGGAAAACGCGACAGUGAAAUGGCUAUCAUUGUGCAAGACACUGAAACCGUCCCUUCAGUGAUGGAUGGAAAGGACUACAAAGCCGGAAGAUUUGCUCAGUCACUCCGCCUCCGGUGUUUUAGGGUUGUUCUUGGUUCUUCAGCAGACUUCAGUGCUGAUCUUCAGGAUCCAGUCUCUGACAGAUUCUUCAAGGAGGUGUGGGUUUCAACAGCUGCCCGCAAUGCCACGAUUUUUGACAAGGUGUUCCGAUGCCUUCCCAGUGAUGAAGUGACUAAUUUAGCCCAGCUGCGUGACUUCAUUGCCAAGUCAAAAUUGAUAACCCAAGAUGCUGCAAAAGCAGCAGAAGAAUUAAAGAAGAUUCAUGGAUUUCUAGUGCAAUUCCCCUUUCGUUUCCUGGAUGAAGAAAACUUGCUGCCUUCUGUUGGAACAAAAGAAUCCAUGGUGCCCAUGGAAGUUUGGACUUAG